AUGUCCCUUCAGUCGCUGCUCGUGCCCGCGGUCACGGCGACGAUAACGGCGAGUACCAGCGUCCUCCUGUCUAACACAACAACGACCGCGCCCGCCGCGCCGACGAUACCGGGUGGUGGCGGCGGCGCCACCGGCGACGACCCCGGCGACGACCAAGACACGUUGCGGAACUGGUCCUCGCUUAUCGGCAUCGUCACCGCCAUCGUCGGCAACAUACUCAUAGCCCUGGCCCUCAACGUCCAGCGGUACGCGCACACCCGGCUUAAUAAGGAGCGCGCGCGCGUCAAGCAGCGUGCCCGGGCCAUCCUCAAACGGGCGCAGAGCAGCAGCAACGGCGGCGGCAGCGCCGGCCACGCAGGCGGCUCAUACGGUGCCAUCGCUGGCACGGACAACGGCCAUGCCAACGGUCACGGGACGACGAGCGCUGCCGUCGCCGCGGACGAGUAUCCCAGUGCCGAAAACGACCCCUUGUCGGCGUCGUUUCAAUCCGACGCGACCACCGUCUCCGAAGACGACGCCGCGGUCGCCGCGGCCGCCGCGGGCAAGACGUCGUCCAACUACCUCAAGUCGCCGUACUGGUGGCUGGGCCAGAUUCUCAUCACGCUGGGCGAGAUGGGCAACUUCCUGGCCUACGGCUUCGCGCCGGCGUCGAUCGUCUCGCCGCUCGGCGUCGUCGCCCUCGUCUCCAACUGCAUCAUCGCGCCGGCCAUGUUCCACGAGCGCUUCCGGUCGCGCGACUUUUGGGGCGUCGUCAUCGCCGUCGCCGGCGUCGUCACCGUCGUGCUGAGCGCCAAGACGGAGGAGACCAAGCUCAAGCCGGGCGACAUCCUCGACGCCAUCACCACCCCGGCGUUUGAGAUUUACCUCGGCCUCACCGUGCCGUUGAUCGCCGUCCUCAUGUGGGCGAGCGGAAAGUAUGGCCGACGCACCAGCCUCAUCGACUUGGGUCUGGUUGGCCUCUUUGGUGGCUAUACUGCCCUCGCCACCAAGGGCGUAUCGUCGAUGCUAUCAUCUACCCUUUGGCGGGCGUUUACCGCGCCGUUAACGUACCUUUUGCUCUUCAUCCUGCUCGGCACGGCCAUCAUGCAGAUCCGAUACGUGAACAAGGCCCUCCAGCGCUUCGACUCUACGCAGGUGAUCCCCAUCCAGUUCGUCAUGUUCACUCUGUGCGUCAUCGUCGGCAGCGCGGUCCUCUACCGCGACUUCGAGAAGACGACGCCCGAGCGGGCCGCCAAGUUUGUGGGCGGCUGCCUGCUCACCUUCUUCGGCGUGUUCCUGAUCACGAGCGGGCGGCAGCGGCGGGACGAGGACGAAGAGUUCCUGGACGACGCCGAGGGCAUCGACGAGACCAUCGGCCUGAUCGACCAGGAAGGAAACCCAGCGGCGGCACCCGAGGAUGGCUCGCGGCGCGAUGCGCCCUCCCGUCGCUCCAGCAAGGUCUCCCGCGUGAGCUUCGCGGAGCCGUUCAAGACCACCCUGUACCAGGACGUGCCGGAGAGCGCGCCGGCGACGCCUCGGCCAAACAACGCCCUCGCAGGCAGUCCACCGUCACGGAACCCGGAAACGCCUGGCGGCGGCGGCCAGGGCAACGAACCUUGGCCACCGCGCGCCACGCGGACCCUAUCCUCCAACUCGGUAGCAUCGGCUCCGGUGCCGCCGAACGCGGACAUCCCCACGACACCGCCGACCCAGCGAGAGCAGCAGCAACAAGCCAUGCCUCCGGGAGCCGAGCGGCCCGUGACGCCGCGGACCAGCACGACGACGCCCAAGUCAACGACGCGCGACCGGGACCGCACCUUUUACUCGCCGUCGCCGCUGUACUCGACUGUCACGACGGUCGUCAAGGACGCGCUGCGGGAAAACGCGAGCAGCGGCAACUACAACAACAACAACCAGUCGUCGCUGCGCAGCAUCCGCUCGAGCAUCCGCGCCAGCCUCUUCAUCGACUCGGACGAGGAGGAGGGCGGCGAAGAGCACGACACGCAGCAGACCAUUGCCGUGCCGCCGUCCGAGAAUGACCUGAUGAGGGUGCUCACGGCGCCGGAGCACGACGACGAGGAUGAUGAUGAAGGGGCGGCGGCGCGGGGCAGCAACAGGCAGCGGGCUCGGAGCCUGAGCGAGACGGUGGGCAAGUUUUUUCGAUCCAGGAAGAAGGCUCGGAUCAACGACGUUGAGAGCGGCCCAAGCGGUGGCGAAGAUGGCGACGACAAUGCUGGUUCGACUGCGUGA